GAAGAAGAAGAAGAAGAAGAAGAAGAAGAAGAAGAAGAAGAAGAAGAAGAAGAAGAAGAAGAAGAAGAAGAAGAAGAAGAAGAAGAAGAAGAAGAAGAAGAAGAAGAAGAAGAAGAAGAAGAAGAAGAAGAAGAAGAAGAAGAAGAAGAAGAAGAAGAAGAAGAAGAAGAAGAAGAAGAAGAAGAAGAAGAAGAAGAAGAAGAAGAAGAAGAAGAAGAAGAAGAAGAAGAAGAAGAAGAAGAAGAAGAAGAAGAAGAAGAAGAAGAAGAAGAAGAAGAAGAAGAAGAAGAAGAAGAAGAAGAAGAAGAAGAAGAAGAAGAAGAAGAAGAAGAAGAAGAAGAAGAAGAAGAAGAAGAAGAAGAAGAAGAAGAAGAAGAAGAAGAAGAAGAAGAAGAAGAAGAAGAAGAAGAAGAAGAAGAAGAAGAAGAAGAAGAAGAAGAAGAAGAAGAAGAAGAAGAAGAAGAAGAAGAAGAAGAAGAAGAAGAAGAAGAAGAAGAAGAAGAAGAAGAAGAAGAAGAAGAAGAAGAAGAAGAAGAAGAAGAAGAAGAAGAAGAAGAAGAAGAAGAAGAAGAAGAAGAAGAAGAAGAAGAAGAAGAAGAAGAAGAAGAAGAAGAAGAAGAAGAAGAAGAAGAAGAAGAAGAAGAAGAAGAAGAAGAAGAAGAAGAAGAAGAAGAAGAAGAAGAAGAAGAAGAAGAAGAAGAAGAAGAAGAAGAAGAAGAAGAAGAAGAAGAAGAAGAAGAAGAAGAAGAAGAAGAAGAAGAAGAAGAAGAAGAAGAAGAAGAAGAAGAAGAAGAAGAAGAAGAAGAAGAAGAAGAAGAAGAAGAAGAAGAAGAAGAAGAAGAAGAAGAAGAAGAAGAAGAAGAAGAAGAAGAAGAAGAAGAAGAAGAAGAAGAAGAAGAAGAAGAAGAAGAAGAAGAAGAAGAAGAAGAAGAAGAAGAAGAAGAAGAAGAAGAAGAAGAAGAAGAAGAAGAAGAAGAAGAAGAAGAAGAAGAAGAAGAAGAAGAAGAAGAAGAAGAAGAAGAAGAAGAAGAAGAAGAAGAAGAAGAAGAAGAAGAAGAAGAAGAAGAAGAAGAAGAAGAAGAAGAAGAAGAAGAAGAAGAAGAAGAAGAAGAAGAAGAAGAAGAAGAAGAAGAAGAAGAAGAAGAAGAAGAAGAAGAAGAAGAAGAAGAAGAG